UCUCGGUGAUACUGGUCUCACCAGCUUAGAGGAACGUUAAUAAACGCUGAACUUUUUUACUUCACUUUGUAGGAAAAAAGUGUUAGUGAAGCAGUAGCAAUAACAAACAGGCGGUGGCGGAGGUUCGAGUAUCCGUCUGCACCACUGUCCUUGUGUGAGCACAGUGGCGGCGCUGCGCCGUGGAGGACACCGUGACAACAGCUGGGGCUCCCCGGCUCAGCCUUGGAGACGCACCGGGAAGCUCCAUCUGGAAAUAUCGGAGGGAGGAAGAGGAGGAACCAAUUCAGGGUGUGGGAGGCUGGCAUCGAGGUGAGGUGGGCACUAAUGGCACCAGGUGAAAACAUGAAGGGGAGGUGAUACAAAAUCAUACAGAAGAAACGGAAACGAACAUCAAGACAGACAGAACGCAAUUACGUGCACUCGGGAACAGAACCUUACGGAGGGGCAGCUGUGUGAUACAAACUUAGCCUUUUACCCUUCUGUCUCCUACAAGUGGUGGUCCUGCUGGUGCGUACACCUGUACUGUCAUUUAUUGGGAAUCCCUUGUUCUUUACAUGCUGAAUAUUGGAUCAGUCUAGCAAGUCUUAGAUGCAGAUACGUUUUGGCGUUUUUUUCCCUUUUACACUUAAAACAGACAGACACGUACUCUUAACUGCACUCUUGGUUACCGGUGCCCUUUAAGUGAAGGCGAAACAAUGUAUGUGAAAGUUCUACACCUGUACCUGCUCAUGGGCCCGCUACUAUCAAUAACCUGGGCAACAUGGAGAAGUGAACAUGGGACAGGAGUAAGACAAUCGAGAACUAGGGGAAGAAAUGGAAGUGAACAUAAAAGCACAGACAGUAAUGAAGAAGAUGAUUAUGACAGUAUGAACACAAACAAAACUUGGGUGAUGGCACCAAGGUCUCGUGAAGCAGAUACAACCCAGAUGUUAAACGCUCUGCUGAGCAACUAUGACAACAAGCUGCGUCCUGACAUCGGCAUUAAACCAACUGUUAUAGAUGUGGACAUUUAUGUGAAUAGCAUUGGACCUGUCUCUGUUAUACAUAUGGAAUACACGAUUGACAUCUUCUUUGCUCAGACAUGGUACGACAGACGCCUAAAGUUCAAUGGGUCACUAGAAACUCUGACUCUCAACAGUAAUAUGGUGAAUCAUAUCUGGAUUCCUGAUACAUUCUUCCGUAAUUCAAAACGGGCUGAUUCUCACUGGAUCACAACGCCAAACCAGUUACUUCGAAUAUCCAAUGAUGGAAAAGUGCUAUACACAUUACGGUUAACCAUAGAAGCAGAAUGCCAGUUGCAGCUUCAGAAUUUCCCGAUGGACACCCAUUCUUGUCCUCUUGUGUUUUCUAGUUAUGGAUACCCUAAAGAUGAAAUUAUUUAUCGAUGGAAGCAGUAUUCCAUUGAAGCUUCAAGUGAGCGAUAUUGGAGGCUGUACCAGUUUGACUUCAUUGGCCUUAGAAACACAACAGAAAUUCUCAAAACGGAUGCAGGAGACUACACUGUUAUGACAGUUUACUUUAACCUUAGUCGGAAGAUGGGUUAUUUUGCCAUUCAGACAUACAUCCCAUGCAUUCUGACUGUUGUGCUGUCUUGGGUGUCAUUCUGGAUCAAGAGAGACUCCACACCUGCCAGAACAUCUUUAGGCAUCACCACAGUUCUAACCAUGACGACUCUAAGUACGAUUUCCCGGAAGCACCUGCCUAGGGUAUCAUAUAUCACUGCAAUGGACCUCUUUGUCUCAGUCUGCUUCAUCUUUGUCUUCGCUGCGUUGAUAGAAUAUGCCACGCUGAACUACUUGGUUGGAAAUAGAAAACUGGAAGCAGACAGCAAGAAGGUCAAAGCGAGCAGUCCUGCGCAGGCUGAAGCUGCUUGUCUCCCACCAGUUCCUAUGAAUAACUCUGGCCAAUGGCAAGAUAUGGAAGCAGAGGUAAAUUCUAGUUGCCUCAGGGGAAAGGAGUGUGAAAACUUUUUUUGCUGCAUUGAUGACUGCAAAACAGGCAUGUGGAGAAGAGGAAGGAUCCGGAUCCACAUCACAAAACUGGACACCUAUUCCCGAGUUUUCUUCCCAACCGCCUUUCUACUCUUCAAUAUUGUCUACUGGAUUUCAUACUUAUAUCUUUAAGCUUGUGGUAACUGUGAUUAAAUCAAGUGUAAUGCCACAUGUGGGGAAAUUUAUUUUGGAAAUUUGUACACCAAAAUUGUCUGCAGGUUGCCUUAAGUUAAUCAACAUGUUUUUUUUUUUUUUUCUCUAAAGUACAGACAGCUUCUGAUGGCCAGCUUGUAGUACUAUACAAUGGCCUCUUAGUCAUUUGUUGAAAGCAUUCUGAUCUUUAUUAAUCUGUUUCACUAUCUCUGCCUUCAUACAUAAAUAGGGGAGACAUAUGAAGGAAAUGUAUCUUUGCAUUCCAGUUUCUAUAGUGUUAUCUCUCUAAUUAUGUUUGCAUGCUUAUUGGAGAAUUAGAAUCCUUCAAAACUAUCUGGUAUAUUCUGUAACUAUUACUGAAAGCUAGAAGUGUUAUAACUGUUUGCAUCAAUCCAUUUCUUGGCUAGUGCCAUAGAUCCAUGAUGGCCUCAAAAUGGCUGCUAACAUGCUCAACACGCACAACAUAUGGUGACAGACUUAACUAGAUCGGCACAUAUAAUUAUAUAUAACCAGUGUUGUAUUAUCAUAAUGAUCUAAUAAUUUCAGCAGACUGGGAUAUCACCUCUUUGUUUGCUAGAUGUUAUUAUUAUUAAAAAAGAUCACACCUCCUCCAGCUUUGUAUAAACUGUAAUUUUUAAUGCAUGAUCUGGAUCUUAGUGAAACAUUUUUCAAGAAGUCUACCCCAAAACCGUGAAUUUGACAUAGUAGUAUUGUAGUUUGUUUCUGUGUAAUGAUCAUAUGUCUCCAUACAUUUUAGCCUACAUUUUCUAAUUUUGAAUGUGGCUCUUUUAUGAUACUACAUUGUGACCAUAAUGGUAAAACCCUGGUGAUCUUAAAAGAAAAAAAUGGUCAUAAUGGGAAUCCAACUUAAAAAUGGAUUUGUAGUCUUAAUAAAGUUUUUUUUUUUUUUUUAUGCGAUAACAUUUUUAAAACAUUUUAUGGUAUAUUAGCUAAUUUAUGUUGUCUAACAAAUUAAGUAAGAUAAAAAAAUGACUGAUUUUUGUUAUAAUUUUUAUGACUAUUGAUUUCAAAAAGCUGCUAAUAUUAAUCUCUCAUCUAUCUCAUUUUAAUGAUGUUGUGACGAAUAAUUGAACAUGUUUUAGCCUUGAGUCAAUUAAGAUGCAAAGCAGAAGCAGUGCUAUAUGUGAUGUGUUCAGGACUAGCAAAAUGCAUAGAAGUAAUCAAUACCAUAUUUCAGUGUUUGCCUUUAAUUCUGAUACAUUCUAGAAGUUGCACCUAAAACAUUUGACUGUAUUCCAAAUUGCUUAUUUGCAAUAUUUAACUGCAUUUGGCAUAUUAUUUCAGUGCCGUUAUAAUAAUGACAACAUUUUUUUAGUCCUUUCCAGAAAUUUUUUUUUUUUUUGCAGUUUUAGUGCUGAACAUGUUAGCUUUGUGUAGCCAAACUGGGAUUUGAACUACUGCAAUCUUAGCAAAUGCCUCAGCGUAGGGACUCAGCUUGUGAGAUUUGAUAAUGUGCAGAAGGAGAUUAAAAACAAUGAAGGGGGUAUUGGAACCAGUUAAUACUGCUUGACUUCCAAAGUGUCAGCUCUGCAAAACAGCAGCACACUUCAUUCCCUUGUGCUGACAAAUGUUGCUGUUUGACAUCUUAGUUCAUCUUUACAAACAUUUGAAUGACCGAGGUCACAUAUCAUCUGCUAACUCCCUGGCUUCCUAAUGAGCUGACUCAUUGCUUUCUUUCAAAGCAUUUUACUUUGGUCCUACGGCCAUGUCAAAAACUGUUUUCAAGUAUGCAAAUGCCACUUUUUCCACAGCUCACUAUAGCACAGACAUUCUGCUUAUUAAUUUGUUGUGUUGUCCUUUUCUUACAUAACUACCAUGCUAAUAGAAGAUAACAGUUAUUGGUGGUCUAGUGGCCCCAGGUUCCCAUCUGUUGAUUUAUGACAUUAAUAAUGACAAGCUUUGUGGACAGAUGAAACCCUUCAACUGUAGAAUCUGUGAUUCAAUCACCAAGCCAUGUCUAAAAAGAGGUCUGGUGUCACAAAAUACAACACAAAUUCAUAUAUGCCCUAGGUGCUGAUAUUUUCUCAUCAUAUGCUGAUUUACUUCUGGAUGAUUUACAAAGAUAUGUUAAUUUUCUCAUAGGUGAUUAACAAAGAUUCCGGUUCUGCGAUGAAAGAGAAGCUAAAUUUAAAGCUGAGAAUGAAAAUUUUAUAGCCAAGGCUAACAAAAUAACAGGUAUUAAAGUUUUAAGUUGAUGAAUAAAAAAUGUCAGGAAAAUGUGAAUUAAAACUAUAAAAUACUACUUAAGUAAGAAACAUAAAGCAAAGAAUACAACACAAAUCAGAGACUGCAUUAGACUUGAAAGUGCCAUGUUAUACAAAAUACAACACAAAUUCAUAUAUGCCCUAGGUGCUGAUAUUUUCUCAUCAUAUGCUGAUUUUCUUAUGGAUGAUUUACAAAGAUUCCGGUUCUGAGAUGAAAGAGAAGCUGAAUUUAAAAUUGAGAAUGAACAUUUUAUAGCAAAGGUUAACAAAAUAACAGUUAUUAAAGUUUUAAGUUUAUGAGUAAAACAAUGCCAGGAAAAUGUGGACUAAAACUAUAAAAUACUACUUAAGUAACAAACAUAUGUCCAGACUUCAUUACAGACUCCUGAAUACUAGAGUAGAAAAGAAAGCCAAGAAUACAGCACAAAUCAGAGACUGCAUUAGACUUGAAAGUGUCCUGUUAAAAGAACCAAUCCAAACUAUGAGAGGGAAAUGUCUGGGUGUGGAAGGUUACACUUAUGAGAAAGAGAGUGUGUGUGUGUGUGUGUGUGUGUGUGUGUGUGUGUGUGUGUGUGUGUGUGUGUGUGUGUGUGUGUGUGUGUGUGUGUGCGCGCAUGUGUGUGUGUGAGGAUUUUGGAGUGUAAUGUUUGAGAAAGCAUGGCUGUGCUUGGGGUGCAUUACAUGGGUGAGGAUUUAGGAACAUUAACUGCAGUACUCAUGGAAGAUAUUUGUGUUUGGUGUAUAAGAUUUGAGAGACUGGAUGUGUUUUGUUGCAAAAAGUGGGAGAAAAUUGGAGGACAUAAACUGCAGUAUAUGAGGCAGACCACAAUGGUUUCAAGUAUAGUACAUAAGAAAGGGCAUGUGGGGUUAUAAUGUAAUAUGUAGUACACUAUCAUUUGGAUUGGGCACUAAAUGUGCAAAGGCAUAUGGGCCUUGAAAGUAGUACAGCAGAGAAGCCUGGUGAGCGUAUAUGAUUAAAUGUGGGUGGGCAUUUAGUGCACUACAGAUGAGAAGGGGAGUGAGCUCAAAAUUCAGCACAUGGGUGAUAUUUGAUAAGCUUGAAAUACAAUAUGUGAGAGAAUGUGAAAAGUAGAUGUGACAGGUGUCAGAGAACAAGCUAUAUGAAUGGAUGGGCAGAGGAUGUGGAAAUGUCCAUUAUGUAAUGAUUUGGGGACUUUUUAAAGACUUUUUUUUGAUGGAUGAUUACCAAAGGUCAGUAAAGAUGGUUUCCUGGAGAGAAGAAUUAAAAAAAAGACAUAUAAUGACCUUGGUUAGCGAUAACAACAAAGGCUGCUUGUUGGUGGGUCAUGUUAACUUCAUGGCUGCAUGCAAUUGGUUCACUAAAAAUUGUGUAAAGAAAAAAGAUGCUGUUGUGAAACAUCUGCUGCUCAAAAUAAAGACUGCUAAAAAAGCCAGCAUGCUCAGAAAAUGAUCUGAUACUAAGAAAGAUUAUGGAGACAGCUACAUUUUGUUGCACUCUGCAUUUUUAACUGUGCAAACCAAGAAACCAAAUUACUUUAUUUUUCUUAGUAUACACUUGAAUAACAGCUACAAGUCUGUGUCAUCAAUUUGGAAUCAUAGUUUUAUGCACCUCACGAAAACCACAUUCAUAUUUUCUAAUACAAUGCUGACAUAAAACAUGAAUAUGCUUAUGUAAAUGUUGUGAUACCCUGUUGCUGUCAUGUAUAGUAUGAUACAGACAGAGCAAGAAACCACUCUGACAGCAGACCUAACUCUGUGUCAAAAGACAGACAAGAGCUGUACAUUCAUACAAGUUAUGGUGCACAUACAUCUGUGAAAUCAUUUACAAAACACUAAGUACCAGGAUAUUUAAACAUCUAAUGAAGCAGUAGGUCCCUAAACUAUAGCCUGGAAGGCACUGACUCACCUGCAAGCUUCACUGCCAUCAGACCACUGAAUUAACUUAUUGCUCCAAUGAUAAGACAUGGGUUUCUUAUGUGUUCAUCCCAGUUAUGAUGUGUGCUAUUGCUGGAGCAGGGUAACAUGAGAGAAUCCUAAUGUACUGAAAAUCUAAAAUGCAAUUUAUCUGGCAAACACCACAGGUAGAUAGCACCUAGUGGCAGUCAGGGUAAAUAUUACUGCAGGCACAGCUAUUCUGUUCUUCCAUAGGAGAUAAUGUCCAACAUGUAGCGGAUUAAUUCUCAGUCAAAUGUACAGGGUAGGUGGGAGUCUUUGUUGUUGUUUAUCUGCAAGGUUUGGCCCACCGCAGCCUAAAAAUCUCUAAUAGUGCCAUUCCAGGUUCCAUUAAUCUAUAGUCCUGUCUGAACUGGUGGUCACUUGAAGUACUGAUGAUGUUUUGUUCACAUUGAUGUCUUAAUGGUUAUCUUUAAUCUUUCGUUAUUAGCCCCUUAAACGGACAUGACCUUUAGCCCAUAAAAAGAGAUGUUGUAAACAGAAGUUUGGCAGUACUGAAGAUUAGGGAUAUGAGAUGUUAACAGACUACGUCUUGUGGCCUUGGUUUCACUAUCUCAACCUCCAUUGGACUGCUGUGAGCUUCUGAGGAAGUUUCAUAACUUAACAAGACACUACUCUGUAGAAAAUGUGAAAUUAGGCUAGAAUCCUCAAUGGUUUCCUAGUAUGAACCUAUAAACCAGUUUCGCAAUAACCAAAAUGAUGCAUGGAACUCUAACCAAAUUCAGAAAGGUAAUGUUCUUCACUCUGCCACUGACCCCAACAAGUACUGUCAUAUACGAAAAAUAUCUGUAUCAGGAAACCACAGUAAAUAAUAAGUGGCAACUAGCUACUGUCAGGCCUUACCUGUGUACCUUAAAUAGGAAGAAAUACCCAGAUUAUUUUCUCAAAUAUUAUCUCAUGUACUUUAUAAAACUACAUUGUCCUUGCUCCUUAAAUCUGGCUAAUGAUCUUCCUGAUGUGAUCCCAAAUACGUAUCUUUGAACAUUCCAGGUAAUGAAGUAACUUUCUUUCCUUUCUUAGUCCCUGAUCAGCAAAUAUAAACAGUUCCCUAGUAUGCAGGCUGCCAUCUACUGAUAGGGCAGAAUACUGCACCCUUCUGUACCUCACAGGAGUCUUAUGCUUGUGAGAGGUAUACCUUUCUGUUCAUCACCAUGAUUAAUAACUCAGACUGCUCUAAAUUAGUGUUGUCGAUAUUGCAUGCUGAUUCAGAGCUUAGCUUGCUGCUAUCUUUGUGGUGGCUGCAUUUUACACGAACUUCAGAAUGAACUGGCUCCCCACCUAAGCACCAUGUUCAAUCAUAGUCUCACAUC